AUGGGCUCUGGUAUUACGACGUAUUAUUACGUAUUUGGAGUUGCCGAACCAUUAUUUCGAUGUCAACUACCAUUAUGGUUAUGGCCACACGAGGAUCAAUAUCAAGCAAUCAAUCAAACUCAUCAAACUUUUCUUGAUACGUGGCAACAGACAUCAAAAUGCAACGAUUUUAAUGGAUCAGUGUGUACUGCGUUUGUCUAUGAUCGAAGUGUAUUUGGUCGAACGUUCACAGAGGAAGCCAAUCUUGUUUGUAAUCAAGCUGUGAAACGGACAUGGAUAUCAACUUUAUAUAAUGUUGGAGGGUAA